UAACAACAAGACCAUUCUCGUUCUCAUCGAUUUUGUAAAUACAAGAAAGCUUGAUUGGUCCAGUACCAUUAUGUACAACUGACGGCACAUCUAUUCUUUCAAUUAUAGACGCAUCGAUCGCUAUAAUAAACAGAUUUUACUAUUUGAAAUCGAGUUACGAAGUUUAGUUUCUGUAUCCUAAUAAGUUAAUAACAUGUCUCAUAUAAAAGAUGAUCCGCGAGAAGUUCUUGCUACUCUUAAUUCCUUGGGAUUUAUUGGUAUUACUGCACCUCAACUUAAAGCUUUUAUGAAAGAUUUGAAGAUAUACAAGAAGAUAAAAGAACAUGAAAGACAACAACAUAAGGAAGAAAUCAGAAAGAAAAUAAUGAAAAAACAACAGCAUAUGUUUCAUGAAAUUCUUAGUGAACAUUUCAAAGAAUUAAGUGAACAAACCAAUAAUAAUUCCAAUUCUUCCAAUUUUGACAAUGAAUCUUUAGUAAAAGUGAAGAUUAAAUGUAUCCCAAAAAAUAAGGAAAAUCUACAGCAAAGAUAUAUAAAAGAACAAUUUGAUAUACCAUUGAGAGAACCAUCAAAUCUGGCAAAAAACAAAUAUAAAAAAGUAAACCUUAUUGAGGACUCGUGCUUAAAUAGAAAAGAUUAUAAUUGUAUAGAUUCUAAACCUCAUUCAACUGUACUACGAUCCAAGAGUGAUAAUCAAUCUUUUGUCAGUUCUUGUUCUAUGCAGAAUGUUUAUAAUGCAAAUUAUGAUAUUAAUAAAUAUAAUACAGUUUCUCAAGAACAACCAUUAUAUUCAAAGCCAAUGUUAUCAGAUCGUAGUAGACCAAUCAGUGCCCCAAAUAUUUUAGAAAAUAAUCGUAAAUCAAGAUCAAAAAGUAUAUUGUCUGAUCACUCUACUACUGUUCGAUCACAAAGUCUUCCACGUACUAAAAGUUCUAGCUGUUCCACACAUAAAUCAUUUAUUCGGCCAUGGCGAUUACACCCUGAAGUUCAAAAAAAUACAACAAAUAAGAAAUGUGAUCCUGUUGCUCUUUAUCAAAAGUAUCAGGAAGAAUGGAAGCAGAUAGCAUUUCCCGGAGAAGCGAAACAUAUGACUGUAAGGUGGGCUGUACGUGAAAAAAUGCUUGGUGCUGAUCCUCAUCCUCCACCUUUACCAAGAAAAUCCGCGAGUGUACCUAUAUUGAGAAAAAAAUGACCAUAAAUAUAAUAUAGCAUGUAUAAGAAAUUUUAAUUUUUUCCAUCAAUCUGGGAUAUUCCUGACAAAACUGUAUUUACCAUUACGAUUUUACGCUGGAUAUUCCCAAUGAUACAUUUAUAUUGUUACGAUCAUUUAUUACAAUAUUCUCGAUAUGAACGAGCCGCUUUUGUUUAAAAAGUGAACUAUAUAUAAUAUAGCUUAUUGUACGACACACACAUUCUUAUGUGCAGUGCAUUUGAAAAAAACAAAAGAUAAGACUUAAUCCUGUAUAGAAUUAAUGUUUCUU